AUGAAAAAAAUUUAUUUUAACUAUACUAUACUACUAGUAUUAUUUUGUUGGAUAACAAAAAGUUAUGGAAAUAUAAAUGUAUCAUUAAAUGAAAAAAAUAAUAAAAAACCAAAUAAUGAAAUAAAAAAUGGUAAAGAAAGUUUGAAGUAUCAUGAUAACCAUGUUGUUUAUAAGGACAUAUUUAGUGUUGUUGAAGAUGUAUUUAGUACAAAUAAAACAGAAACAGAAAGUAAAGAUGAAAAAAUAUUUAAAGAUAUUAUUUUUUCUGUUUCUAUGAAGGAAACUAUUCAAAUAUAUAAUCAGAUAAAAGAAAAAUUUAAACCUUUAAAUGUAUCAUCAAAAGGAAAAAAAAUAAUAAAGAAAGGAAAAAAAUCUAAUGGUAUUUUUAACUUAACUUCUUCCUUUAUUCCUUCUAAUAUAACAAAAAAUAAUACCCCUAUUUCAACUGUUAUGAUGACAACAAAAAAGAUAAAUUUUAAAUACACUUUGAAUACUUUAUCAUCAGAAAUAAAUAAUAAAAAUUAUUCAGUUAUAUCUAAAAAUAAUAUAUCUAAUUGUUUUACAACAUCAUUCAAAACGACAACAUGUAUGAAUUUAUUUUCAUUACCAAAUAAUAAUAAUUAUUUACUACAAAAAUAUAAAUUACAUACAUGUAGUAUUGGAAAAAAUUUUAGUGCUUAUAUAACAGCAAUAUUUUGCUAUCUAUUAAAUCAAAGAAAAUUUAAAAUAAUCUUUGGACAUCUUGAAAAUGGUAUAUGGAGUUCAUUUCCAUGUCAUAAUGUAAACGGACCAUUUCUUACAAAAGAUGUUAUAAAAGAUUUUACAAAUAAAAAUGAAAUGGAAUUUUGGGAUAGGUGGAAACAUAUUGUAAUUAUUAGAAACCCAAUUGAUAGAUUUUUAAGUGCAUUUACACAUUUGUGUGUCAAAAAAAAUAAUAAAUAUAGAAAAAAAGAUUGUUUUAAUUGUAAUAGUAAUAUGAAAUGUUUCUUAGAAAGAUUAUAUAAAGAUAUUUUAAAAGUUAAAAAAAAGAAAAAAAUAAUUAAUGAAAGAAUUAAAAAUCAUUUUUAUCCACAGACAGUAUUAUGUGAUUAUAUUGGAAGGCAUCAAUUUAUAAAAUAUAUUAAUUUUAGUACAACAAAAGAAAUAUUUUAUAGUAAUUUAAUAAAUGAAAUGGAAAAUACUAAUAUUCCAGACAAUGAUAUAUUUUUUAUUGAAAAAGAAAUUAGAGAAAAAGUUUUAAAACAUACUACAACUGGAACAAAAUUAAGAAAUGUUCAACAAUUGGUACUAUUUAAUAAUUUGUAUUUAUUAGAUUUAGCAACAAAAAUAUAUUAUCAGGAUUUUAUAGCAUUUAAUUAUUCUUUACCAAAAAUAAGUUAA